UAUAAAUAGCUGGGUAACAAAGACAACACGUUUAGUUGGUAAUGUAAACUUGCCCUUGUGCAGACUUAUAAAUACAAUGGGAACUUCCACAACAAGUAAGACACCAUCCCCCCAAAAUCCCCCCGACUCAGAACCGUCCAAUCCACCAAGAACCCCACUUUCUCUCCAGCAGGCCACCAUCAUUCUUACCAGACACAAAUUAGCCACCCCUUGCAUCAAAAUUUAUCACCACAGUCUCGUCUUCAAUACUCGAAACACAACUUAUACGCUAACCUCAUCAGACGGAGGUGACUACGUCAUCAGAUUUUCAGAGAGUUGGGAAACAAAGACGGAAAAUGAGGUGGCCGCAAUUUCAUACAUUGCCAAAAAUACGAGUCUCCCUGUCCCAAAAGUGGUCGGCUUUUGUACCGAUGUCACCAACUCGCCAACCGGAUAUGAAUACAUUCUCAUGGAAAAAUUAAACGGUGUCUGUCUGGGUGAUAUUUUUCGAGAUUUAAGUCUCCCCCGAAAGAAGUCAGUGGUGGAAAGCGUGGUCCACAUUUUGAAAGUUUUCCAAUCCUUAAAGUUUGACAAGGCUGGAUCUUUCUAUUUUAAUAAAUCAGAAAAUAACAAUCCUGAACUAGGUCCUUUAUUGGGAACUCCAAAGUCACGUCCACAGUGUAAUUAUCUUGACUACUUGAGUGACCUGAUAACCUCAGAGUUGGAAAACCUGCUUAAAUCCAAGUUCCUCAUGGACGGAGAAGGAGCAGAUUUAGUGCAUCGCGUAAGAAAUUUUAGGGAUAAGGUUUGCAACCUGGAAACGACCCCAAUUUCCGAAAUAGCUCAAAAUGUCGAAUUUGUUUUUUGUCACGUUGACUUGCACACUUUUAAUUUAUUGGUGGACGAAGAGACUUUAAAAAUUACGGGAAUUAUCGAUUUCGAAUUUUCUGGAUCGUUUCCCAUUGACCAAGAGUGGUAUAAGGUCUUCAGUGCUGUGCGGGUUAAUAACAAAGCGAGCCAUUUUUUCAGAGAUGGGUUGCGAACAAUGUCAGAUUCCGACACGCUGCAAGAAUGUCAGUCUGAAGAGGAGCUUAACAUCAUAAGAAAUCACUUUUUCCAAGAGUGUAAAAACCAAGGGGUCCAAACUCCACGAGACAUUCCUGGUCACAAUGAACGCGCAGUGUUAAAUUAUUUUGUCAAAUACAUUUGUCCGUGGUGGAUAGCUGAUGAGAUCACACCAUUGCCAGACAAGUGGAAAAGGGACCGAGAUUCUGCUAGGGAACGACUUAAAGUAGUACUGGACAUGUAUGAUGCUUAGUUUUUGUGGCGUUGUAAUGAAAAUUUGUCUCUUAAUAAAAUUGAAAUGAUACUACGAAAUGAUUUAACUACGAAAAGGUAAUAUUUAUUCUGAGGUCUGAAUAAAUACACAUGGUACGUAAAUGUAAAUGUAUGUCUCUUAAAGCACCAUAAAGUUAAAUAUGUACGACUAAAUUAAGAACACAUACAAAUCAUGCACUUGCAUGCAUGUACAUAAAUAUGUAUAAUUCCAAGAAUAAUGGGCGUUUAAUAAAAAUUGGAACAAUGGAAUGCCCCAAUUUGUGGUAACAACAGAAAAAAUAAGUCAUUGCGUUAAAAA